ACAAUUUUUAGCUUAUUGAUUAUUUUUAUUAGGGUAAAUAUUUAAAAGUCUUCAACAAUGCCGGAAGCCGUGGAGCAGAAGACAAUCGACCCUGAAGCGGAGCUCAGCAAUGUUCAGAAGACGUUCGAGAAGCUGGCGCCGCUGUGCACGGUGGAGAAGCGUGCGGCGGGCGAGCCUCAGCUCGCGCCGCAGGAGAAGCAGCUCGACAUCCUCGCUAAGGAGCUGCGCGAGACGCUGCUCUGCAUUAACCUGGCAAAGAAGGGUAUGCAUGCGCUGCGCGACGCGCAGACUAAGAGCGGCACGCGGCGUGGCAUCGUGGAGUACGAGGCGCAAGAGACACGGCUGCGCGAGGAGCGCGCCCAGCUCGCCGAACUCGACUGCCUCAACUACCUCGCGCAGAAGCAGAUUGUUGAGCUGCUGAAGAAGGUGCCCACGGAGUCAGAGGAACUUGCGAUAAUCGAGAACGCCAACAACCGUCUGCGGCGCAUGGAGAACCGGUUGGAUCUGGCCACCAAGAGGUUCUGCGUCGUCAACACCAACAAUAAAACCGUUCGCGAGGAGAUACACCGCCUGCUAGUAGAGAGAAAUGACUUCAACGUCCAAUGGAACCGCACUAUCGGCAAGCUGGUGCGCGGCAAGGAGUACCUGAUGGAUAUCUUGGAGAUCGCGAGCGCAGCCUUCGCCGACCGCGACGAGUGCUGUCGCAAGCUCGAGGCGCUCAAGUGGAAGGGCCUCUUUCAGCUCAACAGAGAUAUAUCGGAGAUGCAAGCCUUCGAGGGCGAGCUGAACCACCUGGCUAAACUGGAGGAGUUCCUGCGCGUAAAGGGCUCGCGCCGCAUCUGCGAGGCUGACGAGAAGGAGGAGAUCAAGAGGCAAGAGGAGGUGCAUCGCUGCGAGCAGGAGAUCGCGCGCCACGACGCACUGCUAGAGGAGAUCUUUGAAUACGCAGGUUCGGACCGCGUGUCCACCAUAAUAAACCACUUCAACACGGCGGAGAUUCAGAACUUCUCGACGUUCGUGCUGCUGUGCGAAGUAUUACAGGAGUCCAUCAUCAUGCGCCGCGACCUCGAGGCCACCAGGCAGAGAAUAAUGGACCAACGCGACAUCAACGAGGGCCGGCUGGAGCGCGAGGGGCGGCGGCUGACGGAGCUGCGUUCCGCGCUCGAAGAGCAACGCCUGCGCACACAGCGCCUGCUCGAACUAAACAACAACGCCGAAGCCGUCAUCCUCAAAGUCCUCAAGGGCAUCGAUGACUUAGUCAGACUGGCCAGAUGCGACUGCACCCCGCUGCUGAGUCUGCUGGGCAACCACAAGGAAGUGACCAAGUGGAACGUCUCCAAGUUCCUCAAGAUACUUGAGGCGGAAGUGAAGAGUCUCAUUGAAGUGGCGUAUGGUGCCGUGAAGCCGCCAGCACCCACUCCCAAGGGUCGCAAGGCACCGCCGGCAGCUGUCAAACUUGUGGCCGAUCCGUACGUGGAGCAGUUGAGACCCAACAGAAUCGAACAACUUGUGCCCUACCAACCGUGCGCUUAUUGUGUUGAGGACUACAUCAUGAAUCUAGUGUUUGAGACCCCUGCCGUGCCCGCUGACGAUGAUUACGUGCAGGGCAUUUUCCACCUCGAGGACAUCAACACCAAAUUUGGAAUAUACACACUGACUAUACCAACAAAGCGACAUCCAUACCGUGGUACCAAGAAAGAUUAAAAAAUUCAGAAUGGUUUUCAUUUAUCGAUUAUUUUAGAAAUACUUUUCUGUUUAGGUCAUUAACAAAACCUUAUGUAAAAUAUUUAAA